AUGGACCCCAAUAAGCCGAAUGUAGCGGUUUGCACAUUGUGCAAAACCUCCUACAAACGAGCUAACAGUACAUCAAAUUUAUUAGACCAUUUAAACAGAAAACAUUUUACCGUCUUAAACUGGGAUCGCAUGCAUGUAAAUGAAGAACGUGAAGAAGAUGAAAAUACACCUGGAACAUCGGAAGUAAAUACAAGUGCUGUGAUUCCUAGGGCAGAGAUAGUAACCACCGGGCCUAUAGUGACAAGACAAAAACAAAUGGUUUUGUCCAACCGAUUUGGAACUGUGUCAGAACAUCAAUUGAAAGAUUUUCAUGAAGCGAUUGUUCGUAUGAUUGCCGAGGACCUACAACCUUUGUCAAUUGUAGAAAACUCAGGCUUUCGUCGUAUGAUAAAGCUUUUAGAUUCCAGAUAUGAAAUACCGAGCAGAAGAACCCUCGGUAGGACAAUUAUACCUCAAAUAAUGGAGAAGGUAAAAGGAAAUGUGCAAAUUUUAUUAAAUGCAGCAAGUCAUAUUGCAAUCACAACCGAUAUUUGGACUUCCAUGAACACAGAUUCAUUUAUGACAUUAACCGCUCACUUUGUUGACACAAAUUUGAGAGAGCUAAAGACUGUAGUUCUGUGUACCAAAAAAUUAGAGUCUAAUCAUACUGGUGUUCAUCUAUCGCAAGUAAUGUCAAAAGAACUGACGGAGUGGAAUAUUUUGAAUAAAGUAGUUGCAAUAGUAACGGACGGUGCUGCGAAUAUCAAAUUAGCCGUAAGGUUAAUGGAUAUUCCACAGGUUCCAUGCACAGCUCACAGGUUAAAUUUAAUUGUGCAGCAGUCACUAGACAUUUCAGAGGAGGAUGAACAGGAUGAUACAGAUGAAACAGGAGGAUUAAAAAAUAUUUUGAAGAAAUGUCGCAAUAUUGUAGCUUUCUUCAAACGAAGUGAAGUUGGUAAUAGACUAUUAAUAGAAAAACAGAAACAGCUGGGUAUAAAUAAACUAUUAAAAGUAAAGCUGAUACGGUACGCAGCGGCAGCCAAAGCUCCAACUUUCCUUGACCAUGAUGAAUGGAAUAUAGUUGAGGACAUAAUACCUUUGUUGAGACCCUUCAAUUGCUUAACGGUAGAACUUUCUGCAGAGCAAUACCCAACAAUUUCUAAAGUGAUACCAUUGAUAAGAGGUUUACAAGGUUCGUUGGUUACAAAAAUUCCAAGAACACCAAUCGAUCAAGCUUUAAAAACGAAUUUGAUUAGCAAUACAACAAAACGUUUUGAUGGUUUUGAAAAACAAACAUUAACACCGAAAUUUUCAAGAGCUAUCCUGUUGGAUCCAAGGUUCAAAAAAGUUGCAUUUGGAGUAGAAGAUAAUGCUAAUGAGGCUGAAAAGUAUGUAAUUUCAGAAAUAGCUGAUCUAUUAGAUACACCAAAUGCUGCUAAUGUUGUUAAUGAAGAAAUUAUUCACGAACAAGUGGAUAAUGUUUGGGAAUUCCUACAGUCCAAGGUUACUAGUAUACAAUCUCAAAGUACUGUAACAAGCAGUGCUACUGCUUUGAUGAGGCAAUACUUAAAUAUUCCUCAUUAA